UAUCGCAAAGGAAAAAACUGUAAAUGUUGCAGGGUUUUUUCUUAUUUGUGAAUGUCCCAGUUGUAACCUGAUUAGAAUCGGUUGUGCCGAUGAUUCAUCGAGAAAUGUUACGAGAUUUGUUAACACUUUAAUCGGAACUGCUAAAGGCGGUUAUAGAGAAUACGGACAUGUGUUUCCUGGUCCUUGUCAUCCUUAUGGCGUCGUUAAAUUAGGUUUUGAUACUGAUGAUACUUAUGAAUUUAAUGCUGGAUACACACCUACUGGAAAGAUUACAGGAAUUUCUCAUUUGCAUGUCAGUGGGACAGGAGGUGAACCAAAAUAUGGUGUAAUCAGUCAAUUCCCCGCGAUAGAUUCACCUGAAGAUCCACUUGAUGUAACUCAUCUUAGCUCCGAACGUUCUUUUGAAUAUUUUGAAGUUGGUUAUUCAAAAUUUGGAUUAGAACGUUAUAAUAUUACAGUCGAAUUAACAGCUAGUCGAAGAACAGGUCUUCAUCGAUAUACUUUUCCUCCAACAAAAAAUAAAGCUAAAGUUAUUAUUGAUUUGCCUCAUAAUCUUGUUGUACAUCGCUAUGGCUUCACUCAUCGGUAUCAUGAAGGAACUAUCCAAUCUAUCUCAUCUAACCAAGUAAAAGGUGCUGCUCGUUAUAGUGGCGGUUGGAAUAGAGGUGGUGUUUAUACUGUCUACUUCUGUUCACAAUUUAACACCAACGCCACUGAAUUUACGAACUGGGAGGGUAGUUAUUCUUAUGGAUAUAAUUACUUUGGUGAAACAGAUAAAUUUAGUGAUAAGGCUGAUGGUGCUACUUUAACGUUUGAUGUUAUCGAAAAUCCGGUAAUCAUAUCAAGAGUUGGAAUUUCAUUUAUUUCAGCUGAUCAAGCAUGUAAUAGUGCUGAAAGUGAAAUACCGGACUGGGAUUUUGAAAAGACUAGACACGAAGCUGUAAAGGCUUGGCAAACAGAGUUAGGAAAGAUACAAGUUGAAGGAGGAACUGAUGAAACGACGAACCCAUUAUUCACGCUUUUUCAACAGGAACGAGCUGUAGAUAUUGCUAGAUCAUUAAUUGAUAUAUAUAAAAAUGAUAAUUAUAUGCCCGAUGGAAGAAGUGGAUUAUCGAAUGGGAUUACACAGGGUGGUUCUAAUGCUGAUAUGGUAGUGGCUGAAACUUAUUUAAAAAAAUUGGGCACCGAUAUAAUAGAUUGGGAUCUUGCUUACGGAGCUUUAAUAAAAGAUGCCGAAAUAGAUCCUGGUUCGCGUGGAUUAUAUGAGGGUCGAUUAUUUUUAUCAGAAUAUAAAAAACAUGGUUAUAUACCUUUCUCAGGAAGUCUUAUAUCUGUGUAUGCAUAUUCGCAUUGCAGUAGAACUGUAGAAUAUUCUGCUAAUGACUACAGUAUCAGUCUUGUUGCUAAAGAAAUGGGCAAACAUAACGAUUAUAUUAAAUACAAAAAGAGAGCAAGAAGUUGGGAGAAUCUAUGGUAUCCUAAUAAAACUUUUGAUGGUGCAAAAGGAUUUAUCGUACCAAGAUAUGAGGACGGUAACUUUUAUACUGACAUAGACGUUUUAAGAGAACAAGGCGGUGAAUACGUAUUUUAUGAAGCUUCAUCAUGGGAAUACAGUUUGGAUAUACCGUUUGAUGUAAAAAAAUUAAUUGAAUUAUCCGGUGGUCCAAAAAAAUUUGAAAAACGUGUCGACAAAACAUUUGCUGAUAAAUCUUAUCAAAGUGGUUAUUAUAAUAUAGGGAAUGAACCUGAUUUCUUUCACAUUUGCUUAUAUCAUUUUAUUGGAAAGCAAUAUAAAAGUGUUGAGGUUAUAAGAGAUAUUUUGAAAACUAAAUUUGGAAGUGGACCGAAUGGAAUUCCAGGUAAUGAUGAUUCAGGGGCGAUGGGAAGUUGGUUUGCUUUUAAUGCAAUCGGGUUAUAUCCAUUCGUAAAGAUUAACGGUAAAAAUUGGAGAAAAACAUGGUUUAGACAUUCAGAUAUCGCUAAAGGAGCAGUUAUGGAAUUAGUUAUGGGACCAAAACCAAGUAAAGUUUGGGGUGUUAUUAGAAAAAAUGAAAAUAAAAUUGAUGUAGAAGAUAGAGUCGUGCCACCUAGCAUGAGUGAUUAUGAUGAUAUCUAA